AAUCGUUUGCAUGUAGAAAAGGUGAGACAUUAAACACUUGGGACAGGUAAAAAAAGAAAAAACAGGGAUAUAUAAGAGCCCAGCAUUCAACUUUCUGUUACAUCUUGUCAUCCACCGACUUGUCACAACCCCCGUCUCCUCAGAGAGAUGAAAUUCGCAUUGCUCUUUUUGUCGGCCCUCGUGGUCCUCUCUCACCAGCAAUUUCAACAUCCACGAGGACUAGUUUGGCUAUCACCGUACAUUCAAUCCCAACAGCCGAUCCUCCACCAACAUCAGCAAGCACUUUACCAGCACGGAUCGAACGAAGAUGUCGACGGCCGAGCACUUCGUCGACGCUAUAGGCCUCAAUCGAUCCCCGUCAGCUAUUUACAGAAUGAAGAAUUGGCGACCAACAGUCAAGACGUGGGCGAUGAGCAACUGCAAGUCCUUGUAGGAGAUUCAAAGAUCGGACUCGUCGAUAAUGAGGGGCGUUUUCUUUACAGCAGCGUCCUCAACAAUCCAUUUAUCAAAACAGCUACGUUCACAAUCACCUCGACUGUAACGACCCUCGGUUCUAUCAUCCUUUGUGUUCCAGUCAACAAUCUCGUGGCCAUUCCGUCACCAACUUGCGCUGGCCGCAAGAAACGUGAAUUGGAAGACGACAAUCAAUUUCCCAUCGUUCCAUCCGAAACCCUAAGUUUAAUGCCAACGGCCGUCCCGUCCGCGGACAAGAGCGUGGCAUUGGGUACCCCCGACCAACAGAAUUCUCGUGGUUUGUUUUCAUCUAAAGAAGAAACUACCGAUUCAUCUGAAAGUUCAUUGGAAGACGAUGCAAACGAUAAUCCGAGAGCGAAACGAUUUUUCGGAGGUGGCGUAGCUGCUUCCACAACAUUAACGUCCUAUUCGUUCGUUGGGGCCACCGUUACCAGCACCGUCCUGUUGGACCCAACAGGAGCGAACCUUGCCGCUUGCUUGCCAGCCGGCUACGUUGUUUGCUGAUGAGAACGACGUCAUUAAAGGGCCUGUUUAGAAGAUGAAGUCUUUGUUGAAGCUUCAUAUAUAGUUAGCCUAAGCGCAGGUGUUGGGCUGCUGUAUUUAAAUACAAUUUUCUUUGAGCAACGA